CCUUUCUGGGUUUCACUGUGCCGAUGAGCUAGGGCUUCUUCCUCUUUAUCAAAGUUGUGGAUGAAACAAUGGGAGGGAGAAAAUCUGCAAGAGUCUUUCCUGGACUCGGAAGAUGUUCUGGGAAAGAGCCUGUAGAAAGUUACAAGGUAAAUAAGGGUGUUGGCAAAGUUGAGAUCAUUGAUCUUGACGACGAUGACGAUGUCAUUAACAUAGAUGAUAUUGAGCAGCCACCAUCUCGAGGCUCUAGUACACUGAGACAAAACAGAGAAUUUAGUACUAUCAUUGAUAUAGAUGAUGACGAUGAUGCGGGUGGUGACACCGAUAGUGUUUGUUCUGUUGAAGAUCUUGGGGACCUGGACAGUGAUGCCACCUCAAGCAAAAGUCAGUUUCCCUCUCCUAACUAUUGGCGGAAUUCUGUACGCUCAGAUAGAGAUGAAUGUGAAGUUGUCCAGGAAAAAGGUUUUCCAUCCGGUUCAAAAGGCAAGCAAACCCAUUCGAGUACAGCUCCCCGUAGAUAUGGUUAUGGUUUAUAUUCGGAGUCUGAGUCUGGUUCCUCUGAUACUGAUUAUUCUGAUUGUGAGUUGGUAGAAGAUUCAGUGCUCCAUGAACGUUGGGAAAAAGCUUCACAAAAGAGAAAACAUGUUUCUCGUAAUUGUCAGUCGGGUCCAGAGGAUCAAGCGAGUGGAUCUGGAUCUCAUGGUGAUACUGUUGAUGCAGAGAAUAGAACAGGAAAGCAUGCAGAGUCUCCUGUUUGUUCAAGUUCAGACCAUGGAGAUUGUGAAAAAGAGAGCCCUCCAGACAUGGGAACUCGUGAUCACCACUUUGAUGGUAGUUCUUUUGAGGCCAAAAUGAAAACUUCUUCUAUGGAGUCCAAACAGAAUGUUGCUGAAAACAGUAUUCCAUGUGAAAAACCUGGGUCAGCUAAAGAAACAGAAAGCUUACAUAGGAAUGGGGAUUUUCAGCAUGUAAGAGGCACAGUCCCUGAAGAUCCUCUUGGUUACAAGUCGCAAUCUCUUCAUAAGGAAGGCAUCUCUGGUUCUUGGAAUGAAGAAGAUCAAAAUCCUGAAGAAAAUUCCUCACGGUCCACGGAAGAAUUAGCUGGGAAACAAUCUAAACAACAUAUGCAUAAUGAACAAAAGUUUAGGGAUGAAACCUGUUUCUCUGAUUCCUUACCUAGGUUUAACAAUUAUCAAAGAAGCCCCAGGGUAUUGAAUGAAGAGCUUUCUUACAAGAAUCAACACUCAGGUGAAGUGCUUACUGACCAGGACAGAGUUGAAUUAGGAGUCAAGGACAAUGAAUUUCACAAAGGAUCUAGUUCUGAGGGAAAGGUGAAUUCAGUUCUUGGAGAGCCACUUGAUGAAACACAUGUGGACUGUGAGAUUUCUGAAGAUCACUUCGGGGCUGUUCCUAGAGAAAGUAGAGUCUAUGUGGAUAAGUCUGAAAUUAGUAAUGGAAAAGACGUGUCACAGGAGAAAGUGGGGACAGAUUCAUCUGAAUCGAGGGAUCCUGAAGAUGGUAAUGUUACUCUUGUUCAAAACAAUAUUAUCACUGAUCGGGAAAAGCUCAAAGAAACUGAUGAAUACAAGCAAGCAAUGGAAGAAGAAAUGGAAUCCAGGCGGCAAGUCUUACAAAUUCAGGCAGAAGAGGCACAGAGAUUGCGUAAGAGGAAAAAAGCUGAAAGCAUGCGCUUAUUGGACAUGCAGAGAAGGCAAAAGCAACGCGUGGAAGAAGUUAGAGAGACUCAAAAGAAGGAUGAAGAAAAUUUGAACAUGAAAGACAAAUUUCGUGCUGAAGUAAGGAAGGAACUUAACAUAUUGUCAGCAUGCAAAAGUAUGUCUUCUUUGCUUCGCGGCUUGGGAAUACAAGUGGGGUCGUCAGGUGUCCAACCUUCACCACAGGAGGUGCAUGCAGCUUAUAAACGGGCGUUAUUGAAAUUUCACCCUGAUCGAGCAUCAAGAACUGACAUCCGCCAGAUGGUUGAAGCUGAGGAAAAGUUUAAGCUUAUAUCUCGCAUGAAGGAGAAACUGAUAACAACUACCUGGUUCUGAAUACAAAGUUGUGAUCGUCAUUCAACUUACAGGUUUCUAACUGCAGGAAAUUAAGGUUUAUUCUUUUUUGGUUGUGGGUGCAUCUGCCACAAGUCGUCAGUGUAUGACUUGGCAUUUUUGAGCCUGAUUUUAUUUUAUGAAUAUCCAUUGUAACACAGUUGUAGUUAGCCAAAGGAAAUCAUUUAUUCAAAUUUAAGAAUGUUAACUCAGAUUCUUGUAAUGAGUUCAGAUACACUGAAUUUUCUGUUUCGAACAAAUCAGUUUAUAAUCACUUGAAAAGUAAACCCGCACUACACUAUGACGAGUAUCUUGUUCGAUUUUGAUUCUCUAUGUGAUUGUUUAAGUUCUUUUAUCAUGUUUCAUGAUAUCACAGUAGUACCAAAUCAUUGUUUAACAAAUU